AUGUCACAGUCAGCAAGACGAGCUUUUAUAACAGAAUACUUCGAAAGGGACAAGGAUAUUGAAGUUGAAGCUGAAAAUUACAAAACAGAAUUGAAUGUAGCUCUACGUAGAUACCAAACCAGCAGCGACGUUAGUCGCAAAGACUAUCUCCGGGCAUGCAAGCAUUGUGGAGUGGUCCCCCUGUCCGUCUUUCUACGUCAGCUAGGGGAGAGAAAUAUGUCUCUCAGGUUUCAGCUUCUUACAAAAAAUGCCAUCAAGUCCUGUGCAAUCGCUCUACUUAGUAAUACACGUGUCCAGUCUCUGGAUCUAGAGGGAUGUCAGAUUGGGUUGUCAGGUGCUCAGUAUAUGUUCGAUCUGCUUUAUAGGAAAACUAAUAUUACAGAAGUGAAUUUAAGCGGCAACAAACUUGGAACGGAGGGAUUACGAUGGAUUGUUCAACUUUUUCAUUCAAACCAUCACAUUAAAUCAAUUAAUCUCUCUAAUAAUGAGUUUGAGGACACCGAUGCAGUCUACAUAUCUGAGAUUUUACACGGUGACAACAUUAUAAAUGAGCUCAAUCUCAGCCACAACAAUUUUUCGGUGGACAGCGGCGUGGUUAUAGGCAGUGCCUUAGGUUGUAACGACACAAUUAAAAUACUAAAUCUUAGUUGGAACCAUAUUCGAGGAAAGGGGGCACAUGCCAUAGGAAUUGGUUUACAGAAAAAUUCAACGAUAAAAAUCCUGAAUGUGUCCUGGAAUGGAUUUGAUAUUGUUGGUUGUCAUGGUUUGGCACAUGGUCUGGAGAAAAAUAACACGUUGGUAGACUUAGACCUGAGCAGUAACAGAAUCGGUGUGGUGGCCAUCUCAAAGCUUCUGGAGGGAUUGAAAAGAAAUUCUUCCCUGGAGUUUCUAAGGAUCGGAAACAAUCCUCUAACAGCACAAGGGCCUUUACUCGUACUACAUACUAUGAAAUAUAUACCACACAUCAAGUACAUCGACUUUGGUAUACAACCAGUUGACAUGGACUUUGUGACUACAUUGGUCACCCUCCAGAAGAGUCGCGAUCUUCACGCCACCUAUGGCAAGGUUUGUCUUAAGCCUGUCUCAGAGGACGGGGAUCCCACCAUGUAUAUCCGGGGAGACCCCGUCAACGUUAUGUUUGAAUUUACCAGGAUGAAAGAAGUAGAUGUUCUAGACUUGUUUAUAACCUUUGACACAGAUGGGAGCCAUUCUGUCACGUGGGAUGAAUUUAAAGAGGGUGUUCAGGUCAGCAAAAUCCCAGUCCGAAUGCGCGACUUGGACAUAAUAAUAAAAAGAAUUGAUAUUAAUCUAGACGGAGAAAUAAACUUUUCUGAAUUAAUGAUUGCACAGAAGGAGCAUAAUUUACGAGUAAAGAAGCUAAUGGAUAAAGGAGAGCGGGUCUUUUUACAGAGUGAUAUUGGUAUAGUACACCAAGAACUACUCACUUGGUUUGAAGACAAAGGGAUUACUCUGAAGAAGUACAAUGCUUUAAAUUUACCAAAAGAGAAAGCCGACGAAGAUAGAGACCUAUAAAAGUGAAACGUAAAUUAAUUCCUCAAUUGUUUUUCAUAUGUUUACGCAAAAUGUUACUGUGUUGUUGUUCAAAUAUAUGUACAUCGUACAAUGUUAUGGUUUAAAAAAUAUUAUGACAGGGCUUCA